AUGCGAGGUACCGGAGGUCACCGUCGUCCGAAGGACUCAUUCGCUCACCCACAGCCGCCGGCGCCGGCGCCUCUCUUCCUCCGGCCCUCCCGCGACUCUGACGCCAGCGUCGUCAGCAGCCGCCCUUCCUCCGUCGGUCUCAGCCGCGCCUCCGCCGCCGCGGCCACUUUUGACCUCUACAAAGACCACCGCUACCAAGUCUCUGCUGUCGCCACCAUCGACGCCUAUCUCUCCUCCCACACCUCCAUCUCCCUCCACCUCCCUUUCCCCACCGCCAAAGACAUCACCCAAACCCUCUCCUUCCUCAUGUCCCGCCUUGAUUUCCCCACCACCAAGGUCGAUGAAGACCUUCCUCUCCUUCUCAAGAUACUAAAUUAUCCUUUCAAGCUCAACAAAUCCAUUCUCCGAUCGCCUGGGACCCCACACCAGUGGCCCACUUUUCUAGCCAUCAUCCACUGGCUCGUCCAGCUGGCCGCGGCCAGGGGCGAGAGGCCCGCCGGGGAGUGGAUGGAGAAGCUGGAGAGGGAGCGGGAGAAUGCGGCCGCGGUGGUUGUGGAUUUGGAGAGCCAGGCGGUGGAAAUUGGGUCGCGGAUUAAGGCAAUGCAGUCGGAGCCAUCGAAGAAGAAGCCGCUGGAGAAGGAGAAGGGGAUUUUGGAGGAGGACGUGGUGAAGUUUAAUGAGAUGAUCGAGAAGCUUAGGGAGAAGAUUGCGGAAUUGGAGAGGGAUUUGGAGAGGAGGGAGAAGGCGUUGGAGGAGAAAGUGGCGGAGAAGGAUCGGGUUUGCAAGGAGAACGAGGAGCUGAGGAAGAGGGUGGAAACGCAGACGGUGAAGUCGAGGGAUGUGGAGAGGAUGAGGAGGGAGCUUCAGGCCGUGGAGCGGGAUAUUGGCGACGCGGAAAUGGCGAGGAACUUGUGGGAGGAGCAGUCUUGGGACCUCGACGCCACGCUCGGGCAAAAGUUGAAGGAGAUCGAGGCUCUUGCCAUGGAAUGCAACCAGGGGAUGAGAAGGUUGAAAUUUGGUGAUGGCUUUCAGUAUGCCUUGAAUGCCAAAGGCUCAACACCUGCUGAGGUAAUGGGGAUUGACUACAAAUCAACUUUAAAGGCUCCACUUGCUUCCUUUGCUGAGGAUUUAAAGAAAAAUUCUAUGGCAAAAUUGGAGGAAUUUAUCCCGCUUCAGCAAGAAUCAAAUGAUAUUGCUAAUAAGGUCGAGGGAAAAAGAAAUCAUCUGGCAAGACUCGAAUCCCGUAUCAAUGAAGUGGAAACCAAACUGCAUUUGUUGAGGAAGGAAACACAGGCGUACACCUCUAAAUGUGCAGCAGAUGCAAAAAGGAUGGUGGAGGAGUUAGAGGUGGAUGCUCAUAACUUGGAUAUUGUGGAAAGAGAUGCAGCAGACAUUAAGAAGGCGUCUGAAUUGAAGUUGCAGGAAGCAAUUAAACAAAAUGAAACGGAAAUUCAGCUGUGUGCUCAACAAUUCAUUGCUUUAGUUGAUUCAGUCUCAAAAUACAAAGAGUACGUGCAGUCGAAGCUUAUGGAAAUGAAGAACGAUCUUUCCGAGACUGUUACGGCUGUAUCAGAUGCUUACAAAGGUUCCUGGCAGCCCAAGUAGGUAGUUUCUGAUGCAAAGAACUUAGGGACACCAAUGCAUUUUACAUCUUGUAAAGGGAAACCAAAAAAAAAAAAAAAAAA